AUGAUACUUUGGCCAGGCAGAUCCCGUAGACCAUAUCAACAACAGGGACAAAUCUCUACAGACUGUGCCAGGGAAGUUGACAGUUACCUCAGAUGUGAACACCACACUGAGACACUUGAAGGGCGGGUGACAUCUCCCGGGCCCGGCGAGGCGGAGCGGGGCUGGCCACCUCCGUACCGGGCAGCGGGCGGGGCGCAGCGGGGCCGCCGAGCGGAGCGGGGUUCGCGAUCCCCUCAGCGGGCGGGGCGGUGCCGGGCAGAGGCAGAGGCCGCCCUCCCGCCGGGGCCGUGGCCGCCGCCCGCCUGCCCGCCCGGCCAAUGGGAGCGGCGGUUGUUGGCGGGCCGGGCGGUGGCGGCGUUGCCACAGCAGCGGCGGUCGGAAACCGAGCCCAGCCCGAGACGGCGGUCGGGGCGCGCCAUGGAGGGGCUGGAAGGUGAGGUUACAGUGCAAACUGGAGAUCUGUUGCCAUGUAAGAUUUGUGGAAGAACUUUCUUUCCAGCAGCGCUGAAAAAGCAUGGACCCAUUUGCCAAAAAACUUCUUCCAAGAAAAGGAAGACAUUCGAUUCCAGCCGACAGAGAGCAGAAGGAACUGACAUUCCCACAGUAAAACCUCUUAAGCCACGGCCAGAACCACCAAAAAAACCUUCUAACUGGAGACGAAAGCAUGAGGAAUUUAUAGCAACUAUACGAGCAGCCAAAGGACUUAAUCUCAAAGACGGUGGAAAACUCCCUCCACCACCUCCACCAUCAUAUGACCCUGAUUACAUUCAGUGUCCAUACUGCCAGAGGAGAUUUAAUGAAAAUGCAGCUGACAGGCACAUCAAUUUCUGUAAGGAGCAAGCUGCACGUAUCACUAAUAAGGGAAAAUUGGCAGCUGAUACCAAAGGAAAGCUUCCUACUCGAACUCAGUACAAACCUGCUCCAGUUAAGAAGAUGCCUUCCGUAGGAUCAACACCAUCACCAUCAUCACGCUUACCACAGCCAAGUGGUGUUAGCAAAACUGUUGUAGGUGUCUCUUCAAGUAAAGCACUGUCUUCAUCUGGAUCCAGUGGGAGCAAAAUUCACACAUUAUCACCAGGUCAUAAAAACUCACCGGGAAUGGUGAACCCACAGGCAGGAGGUGCAACAAAAACCCGGACAUCAACCCCUCCUGGUGUGGCAAGAGCCAUGAGCACGGGUGCUUUGACAAAUAGAAGGAAAACUAGCAAUUCAGACAUUCACUUAAGGUCUGAUGGGAAAACUGGGUAUGACAAUGGAGACUGCCCAUCCUCAGUGAAUGGAGGAAGUGCAAAAAGCAGUGAAGGAAUUUCACCUGUACAGUUGUCCAAGUUCUGCCAUGAGUGUGGAACAAAGUAUCCAGUGGAAUGGGCAAAGUUCUGCUGUGAGUGUGGAAUUCGAAGAAUGGUUGUGUGAACACAUUCUUUAAAGCAGAAAGAAAACAAGAAAUUGGAACAUCUGCUAUGUACUGUGCAUGGAAAACUUGAGUACUCCAUCCAGUUAGACUUCAUGCUGCAAAAGUCAAAACAUCACUUUGUAAUUUUCUGAGUGCAAUCUUCUGGUUACACAGUUAUUUAUAAACAAUGAUAUGUACUGUAUAUAAAAUAGCAGCUACCUAAAACUGUGCCAUUCAAGGAAAUACUCUUUACUCUUUGUUGAAAAUAUCUAAAAGGAAGGUAAAAAUGCUUUAAGUAACCUAGGUAGCAGAAGAGGUUCAAUGCUAUUUUUCUUUGUAAAUCCUACUAGGCAAAGGAUUUUUUGAAUCUCUUGUGUAGGGUAAUGCUUACCUAUGGGGAACAAGCCAUGAACAACUUGGGCUUCAAAAGUUUCUCUGUGGAGGCAUUUCUUUCAUCUGUGACAGAAACUUAGAUGCUGUGUUCUAAGUGAAAACAACAUGAGGAACUCCUUAUAAAUUCCUAGAUAAAAGUGUAAAAAGUUUAGAUCUUUAAAUUCUUUAAAAGUAAUAUGCUAAUUGGACUUUCCAGUUGCUUCCUAGGAUUUUUAAAGAAUCAAAGUGUAAAGACUACCUGCGAAUUCUCUUUGCAUCUAAGAAGAAAGGCAAGAUUUU